AUGGCUCUGCACUACCCUAUGACCAUGGGCCUCAACAAGGGCCACAAGGUGACCAAGAACAUGAGCAAUCCCAGGCACAGCUGCCGCUGCAGGCGCCUAAUCAAACACACCAAGUUUGUGCGGGACAUGAUCCAAGAAGUGUGUGGCUUCGCCCCUUACGAGCAUCACGCCAUGGAGUUACUGAAGGUCUCCAAGGCCAUGGAGUUACUGAAGACCUCCAAGUUUAUCAAGAAAAGGAAAAGGGUGGGGACGCAUAUCUGCGCCAAGAGGAAGCGGGAGGAGCUGCAAAACGUCCUGGCUGCCAUGAAGAAAGCCACUGCCAAGAAAGACUGA